ACCCUCACAAACCCAGAAUGCAAAUUCUAUCUUCUUCACUUCUUUCUACUUGUAUUAUACGACGUCACCGUGACGUUCCGUACAAACUUGCCGUCAAAGUCAGAUUCUCAUUCUCUCUCCUAUAUAUACCCUUUGAGGCUAGCACCCUUGUUCCUUUGAAAGCUUAACGAGUUGAGGAGAGCUUGUAAAAACCUGUCUUGGACCAAACCAGAGUUUACCCAACACAAAAGAUUCAAGCUUGAGAGAACCCAGAAGAAGGAAGGUGAAAUAUCAGACUGGUUUCAGCUUGAAAGUUCAGGAAAUUGAGUUCUACUGGAGUAUUGCAGUUUGCAAAACUGCUAUCAGUUGUUUCUGAGUGAAAGUAACCACACAAACUUCUUUGGUUGUUAUUUAUCCAUCUGGGAGUUUUUGUCACAUAUAGCCGAUGCCAAUCCCAUAGCAUGGACUCGCGCCAGCAUUUUGGUUUCAGCGCAACUGAUUCAGGCUUAUCUUAUACAGCUUCUCAUCCUACUGUCCCAUCUGUACCUAACAGGUUGCUUGGGUCUUUGAAAUUUGAUAUUGGCAACUCACCAAAUUCACCUUUUUCAACUCAGUUUGAUUCUGAUACGGUUACUACACCAAGCGAUAGCCAGGAACUAAGCUCUACAGAAAUUCUCUCAGGAGUCAGUCAUUCUGCUACCUCUCCAUUUGAAACCAACAGUUAUAUUCCUAAGUUAAGCUUAAGCUCUUCUGUGGAUUGUCGUCGGGACAGUCUGCAGCUCUCUUCCAGUAGGACACCUUUGUUACAGCAUGCAAAUUGUAGCCCCAACAUAAAACACGCUUUGCAGGAAUUGGAGAGUGCUUUAAUGGGGCCUGAUGAAGAAGAGGUCACAACAACAAACAUUUUUGGGGAAACCAGCAGACGGAAGGGACAGAGAUCCCUGUCAUGGAAAGAGGAGCAUCAGAGUGCACCUGUGAUGCAGCGCCAGACGUCCUUUGUGUCAGGGCAUAGACUGUCGGAGAAACGUCACAAGGUUCUUGAUGAAGCACCAGGACAGGGUUUUCCAGCUGAUAAUCUGCGACAAUUGCUGAUAGCAUGUGCCGAAGCACUUGCUAACAACAAUAUGGAUGAUUAUGAGAAGUUGAUUGAAAAGGCUAGAGGUGCUGUGUCUAUCACCGGAGAACCAAUCCAGCGUCUCGGAGCUUACAUGUUAGAAGGGUUGGUUGCAAGGAAGGAGGCUUCAGGCUCCAAUAUCUAUCGUGCCCUCAGGUGCAGGGAGCCUGAAAGCGAUGACUUGCUUUCAUACAUGCACAUUCUGUACGAGAUCUGCCCCUAUUUGAAGUUUGGUUACAUGGCAGCCAAUGGGGCCAUUGCUGACGCCUGCAGAAAUGAGGACCGUAUCCACAUUAUAGACUUCCAGAUCGCUCAGGGUACCCAAUGGGUCACUCUUCUUCAAGCUCUUGCAGCAAGACCCAGUGGAGCUCCCCAUGUACGAAUUACUGGUAUUGAUGAUCCUGUUUCUAAGUAUGCUAGAGGGGAUGGCUUGGAGGCAGUGGGAAGACGGUUGAAAGCUAUCUCUGAGAAAUUUAACAUCCCAGUUGAAUUUCAUGGGGUUCCAGUUUUUGCACCCGAUGUCACACGGGACAUGCUUGAUGUCAGGCCUGGUGAGGCUCUGGCGGUGAACUUCCCGUUGCAGCUUCACCACACACCAGAUGAAAGUGUUGAUGUGAACAAUCCGAGGGACGGGCUUCUGAGGAUAGUCAAGUCAUUAUCUCCAAAAGUGACUACUUUGGUUGAGCAAGAAUCGAACACGAAUACAACCCCAUUCUUGAAUCGAUUUAUAGAGACUCUAGACUACUACUUGGCAAUGUUUGAGUCUAUUGACGUGACCCUGCCGAGGAACAGCAAGGAGAGGAUCAACGUGGAGCAGCAUUGUUUGGCUCGAGAUAUUGUCAAUGUCAUUGCCUGUGAAGGAAAGGAGAGGGUGGAACGUCACGAGCUCUUUGGAAAGUGGAAGUCCAGGUUGACAAUGGCAGGAUUUCGGCAAUACCCAUUAAGCUCAUACGUCAAUUCGGUCAUAAGGAGUUUGCUGAGGUGUUACUCGGAGCAUUAUAAGCUGGAGGAGAAGGGUGGUGCUAUGCUGUUGGGAUGGAAACACAGAAAUUUGGUAUCAGCUUCUGCCUGGCACUGACUGUUGAAAAUAAAGAUACAGAGUUAGCAGUAGAAAAAACAACUUUGUUUUUUUUAUUUCUUUUAUUUUUAUAGAUUCAUUGUGAUAUAGCCCUUUGCUUUUGUUAACAAUGUGCACUACGGUAUCAGCCAUUAUAUGUUUCAAUGAUGUUUAUCAUUGUUAAAAUGCAUUUUUUCUGGCCGUGAUGUUAAGAAUGCAUAGUUAGCUGAUUUAUGCCGAGACAAAUAAUUCCAGAACUGAUACCACCAGGUGUAUUCUCACGGUUGUUUAUACA